AUGAGCUACUACUCGUCCUCGGCACCGUCUGCGCACCAGGCAGCUUCGCCAGCGCCGUCCGUGUCCGCCGACCUCUCCCUCGUCUCCUCCCUCUCUGAACCGUCGACACAGCCUGCCCUCAAAGCAAAUGCCGCCGUUCAAGCCGUCGAACCGCUCGCGCGACUCCUCCUCAAUCCUCCCGACCUUGCCGCGCUCAAGGUUGCCCUCGCAGGCUUUGCAAGCGCCUACCCGUUCCUCUUUCGAUAUGCCUGCCAGUCGGGCGACCAGAAUCAGUGGAACCGGGUCAUCUCCCUCAAGAUGGCCGUGCUGCAGCUCUGGCGGAGCGGGAGCGUCGGCGGAAAGGUCGGCGCGGUCAAGGCAAUCCAGCGGAUCGUGCAGACGCAGAGUACGGCGCAGACGGCGGAUCCACGGCUCGCCAGGAAUCCCGAGCCCAACCUCUCCCUCUGCCGACCGAACCACCCCUUCCUGAAGAUCGCAGCCCUCGAGGACGAGUCAAACAAGCUCCUCGAGGAAUGCAUCACGACUCUCUUCACGUCCAACUCGGCCGACCUCGUCUCCGCCAUCGUCUCCUCCCUCGCCACGCUCCUCAAGAAUCGACCGCAGUACGCCAAGCUGGUCAUCACGAGCUUGACGAACUGGAGCCCGGCGGCGCUGGCCGGCCAGAGCGCCAGGCAGAUCAAGAGCGUCGAGAAGGUCCUUCGCCUCGCGCUCAUGCAUCUCAUGAGAUCUACCCAUGGCUCCGCCUAUCAAUCCCAGAUCACCGACUUCCUCAACCAACAGGCUACGCGCAUGGCGCAGGCCGCAGCCGAGGCGCAACGACGGAAAGACGAGGAGGCGUCGAAGAAGCGGCAAUUGCUCGCCUCGCAGAUCGACGAACAGCAAGUCAAGCGGAGAAGGCUCAACCCGUCCGUCGACGCCGUCCGCCUCUUCUCAGCUGCAAACCCUGCAUUUGAGCGACCGCCGCCGAGCAUCGCCGACUUGCCACUGGAAACGGUCGUCUCUUCGCUCAUCGCGACGCUGCAGAACGUGUCUGAUCCCGCUUUGGCGACAGCUAUCGAGGCGGUGCGGCUACAACUCCCGGCGAGCGAGGCGAUGACUCCGCGUGAGGGCACACCGAAGCCAGAGGCGCCUGCGGUCGAUCCGCUCAAGCUUGAUCUCGGUGCCGACGAGCUGGACCUCAAGGCAGAAGUACCGCCCGAGCCAGCACCGGAAGAGACGGAGGAAGAGCCGAUCGACCACAACGUUGCUUUCGAACCUGUCGGCGUGGCCGGCGGCGAUCUCGAGCUGUCGGCGCCGUUCGAGAUCACGACAGAAGCGCGGAAUACGAUGAUCCUCUCGUCGCUCAAGCGGGUAUGCGCGGCAGGGGCCGGCGGCGCCAGCUCGGCGCUCUGGGUGCCUCUAGUCUCCAGGCUUAUCACGCGCGGACUCGAAGGAUCGGACGAGGGCGAGCCCACAGAGGAGGCUGCUCGGAGAGGCGAAGCUUUGCGGGAGGUCCUCUUCAGCUUCAUCAAGGGCGACUUGCAGACUAGGACGGAGCUCGCACGAAUCUGGCUGAACGAGGAGUGGUUCGCGGCUCGACGCCGGCGGCAGAUGGAAAACCGACCGUACGAUCGAUGGCUGCGACUGUUUCUCGAGCACAUCAGCGCGGCCUCGUCGAACAAGGACAAAGAGCUUCUGCAGUUCCUCAUGGAUCUGCCCGAAAUUCCGGUUGACGAGAUCCAUCGCCUCGAGACUAUGGCGCUCAAUGCUGAUCAGAUGCAGCUCGGCUUCUCGACCCUUCGAGAACUCGUCAUCUUGCGACCGUCGGUCCGUCCGAGUGCCUUGGACGUUCUCCUCGGCUUGAGCACGCACGAAGACAAGCGCGUGCGCAAUGCGGCGAUCAUGACGCUGAAGAAGUGGGUCCCCGACGUGGCAGAAUUGAGUGACACGAUCGUUGCGUUCGCGGUGUCUGUCAUUGAACGGCUCGAGGUUGCGCCGGCGAAGGAAGGGUCAGAAGAUUUGAAGGAGUCUGGCGGCGACCACGGAGGCGAGGCCGACAUGGCGAUGGACGCGACGCCGCCGCCAACGGAGCCAAAGCCGCCCUUCGCGCUCGUCAAGGACGCCCGCGUGGUCGAUCGCCUGGACCCUCCGACAACCUUGAGCGGAGUCACUCAGCACGUCGAACUACUGCUGGCGCUCUGCGUGAAAGAACCGAGACUUCUGAAGCCCCUCUUUGAGCAUUACCCUCGCAUGCAGCCAUACGCACAAGGGUCGCUCGAGGAACUUAUCGUGCCCCUCAUGCGCGCUCUUGGCAUCAAGCACCCCGGCGUGCUCGAGCUCCUCGGCGACUUCCCGGCCGGUAGCGACAAGCUUGUUCUCCGGUGCAUCGACAUCCUCGCAGACAAGUCGAAGCUCCCGUCGAACAUCAUCGCGCUCAUCAAGGAGGUCGCCGCCAAACGAGACCUCGACUCGCGCUUCUACGCCAUCAUCGUGCCCGAGUGCGGCAAGGCCGAAAUCGUCCGCUACCUGCCCCGUGUAAUCUCGCUGCUCGACGGCACGCCUCAGAAGAAGGCCGCGAUUCGGUCAAUCUUCCUUUCGGUCAUCGCUCCGCCAGCCCACUUCAGCUCGAUCAAUUCCUUGCGCACUCGGAGCGACUCGCUCACGCCGGUCGAACUGAUGACUUACCUGCACAAGCACGACAAGGAGAUUGGCAUCAAAAACACGAUCGAGGCCAUUUCGAUCUGUUUCUCGAUGGCGGACGGGUUCCGCCCCGAGGUGCUCGCGGCGUUCAUGCAGCAGAUCGUCGACGAGCCUACGCUGCCAAAUCUCUUCCUCCGCACGGUCAUCCAAGCCGUGACAACCUACAAGUCGCUUCAACCAUUCGUAUCGACCACUCUCCUCUCGCGCCUCAUCACGAAGAAGAUCUGGACGGUCGGACCGCUCUGGGAAGGCUUCAUCCGCCUCGCAAAGGCGAUCGCGCCCAACUCGUUUGCGGCACUCCUGCAGCUGCCCAAGGAGCAACUUGCCGAGCUCGUGCAGAAGCAGCCUACAAUGCGCGAGCCGCUGCGCGAUUACGUCGUCAAGAAAGGAGGAGCGAACAACGCUCGCAUGGCAGCCGUCCUUGAGGCGCUUGACGAGCCGAGCGGUGCAGCAGCGGAGGACGGUGUCGCGUCGAGCACGGGCGGUACGCCCGCGCCAUAG